AAGAAACCAAUAAUCACAAGUAUAGCUCAUCAACCUCCAACUACCACAUUGAAACACAAACACACCGCAAUUAAUUUCUUUCUCAUUUUGCUCAUCCGUCUCUCCUGCCAUCCUCCUCGUUGUCUCUGUCCAUAUUACUACUACCACCUUUGCAGCAGUUAACAAACUCUACCCACUCAACUCUCUUUUCUUAUUUAAAUCUCUCAACCCCAUUUCAUCAGAUCCUCAUCUUUCUUCUCCUCCCUCAGAUCCAUUUCUUCUUCGCAGCGCCAACAAUGGUGGCCUGUAUAUUAGACCAACUCAAAACCCAACCCGCAUGGGUCAUCCUCCUCUUCACCAUUGGUUCCUUCACCUUUCUAAGAACCCUUUUCGGAGUUCUCAACUGGGUUUAUGUCAGUUUUCUCAGACCCGCAAAGAAUUUGAAGAAAUACGGUUCUUGGGCUGUUGUUACUGGGCCAACUGAUGGAAUUGGUAAAGGUUUCGCCUUUCAAUUAGCUAGAAAAGGGCUUAAUCUAAUCUUGGUGGGUCGAAAUCCUGAUAAACUCAAAGAUGUUUGUGAUUCAAUCAAGAGUAAAAAUGGGGGUGUUCAGAUUAAAAGUGUAGUGGUUGAUUUUUCUGGGGAUUUAGAUGAAGGUGUUAAGAGGGUUCAAGAUGCAAUUGAAGGUUUAGAUGUUGGGAUUUUGAUUAAUAAUGUUGGGGUUUCAUACCCUUAUGCUAGGUUUUUUCAUGAAGUUGAUGAACAAUUGUUGAAGAAUUUGAUUAAGGUUAAUGUUGAAGGUACUAGUAAAAUUACUCAUGCUGUUUUACCUGCUAUGAUUAAGAAGAAAAAAGGUGCCAUUGUUAAUAUUGGUUCUGGGGCUGCCAUUGUUAUCCCAUCUGAUCCUCUCUAUUCUGUCUAUGCUGCCACUAAAGCGUAUAUUGAUCAGUUCUCAAGGUGUUUGUAUGUGGAGUACAAGAAAAUGGGAAUUGAUGUACAAUGCCAGGUUCCACUCUAUGUAGCAACCAAGAUGGCUUCAAUCAAGAGAUCUUCCUUCUUUGUCCCAUCAACAGAUGGCUAUGCAAAGGCAGGUAUUCGACACAUAGGCUAUGAGCCCCGUUGCACCCCUUACUGGCCACACUCUUUUCUCUGGGGGAUUGCGUCAUGUGUGCCUGAAAGCCUCAUUGAUGCUUGGCGUCUGAGAUUCUGUCUUGCAAUCCGAAAAAGGGGCCAACUUAAGGAUUCCAGGAAGAAUGAGUGACCUGUUAUUCUCUUAUUUCUAUGAAUUUGCCUGGUCACUGAGAGAGGCUGUUUAGGUCCUUUAGGAUGGAUAUGUAUCAAUUACAAGUGUUGUGCUUAAUUUAUGCUCAAGAGAAUCUAAUCUGCUAGUUUAUGUGUUGCUGUUUUAACCUCGGGGUUAUCCUGCUCGUAUUAAUCUGCUGUUUUUUCAAGUGAAUUGACUAUUGAUUUUUUUAAAUAUAAAUAUCUUGCUGGUAAUUAUAAGAUGAAA